AUGUCAAAAAUAUAUAUUUAUCUCUAUCUAAUUUUUUUCUUAAUUCAUAAAAACGUAAUUAACGCAGUGUGUUAUGGAAAAAAUAAUCCUACUCUCGUUACGAAGAUUUAUCUGAAAGUUUAUAAAGGAAACAGCUUAAAUCCUAUAUUUUUUCCAUACAUGCUCGCAAAUGUAAAAAAUAUUAGCGAUAUCAUUUUGACCGAUCAAAACAGUAUUCUCUAUAUACACGGAUUCUUGGAGAACUCGGAAAUGGAAAACGUGCAAAUACCAAUUAAAUCCUAUUUAGAUAAGGGAGAUGUAAACGUAAUAUUACUUGAUUGGGGAAACAUAGCAUUUAAUAUUAAUUACUUUCGCGUGUCAAAUAUAGUUCCUAUGAUAGGAAAACUCGUUGCUAAAUCCUUGUCAGAACUUCAUAAAGUGAUUGAUUUGAAUAAAUUACAUGUGAUUGGGCAUUCUUUGGGUGCUCAUAUAGCUGCUCAUAUUGGACGAUCCAUGAAAAUUCUUAAUCGAAUAACAGGAUUAGAUCCAGCAUUUCCACUCUUUUAUCCUUCUGAAUGUCAUCUGAGGUCGAGCGAUGCCAAAGCCGUCGUUAUCCUUCAUACUGAUAGUGGAUUUUAUGGAACGCCUUUCAAUACGGGAACUAUUGAUUUUUAUGCAAACAAGGGUAUUAGUCCUCAACCGGGUUGUCCUCCAACCAUUGGAAGAGAUUUGUGCAGUCAUAGAAAAUCUGUGAAGAUAUAUAUGGAAUCUUUAAGAAAUCCCAAAGCAUUUCCGGCGCAUAAAUGCUUUAAUAAUAAAAAGGAUAAUGAAGUAAUUUAUUUUGGAGAUUCAAUACCACCUAAUAUACAUGGUGUAUAUUGCUUCAAUACUAAUUUACUAUAA